GUUGGGCCCCAUCUACCUCGAUUACACGCUGCACGCUCCACCUGCCACGCACUUCACGGUCACCAUGGCUCCUGAAGAUUUUCCGAACCACCUCAGGCGGGUACGGAAAUGGUAUCGGUCGGGGUACCUGGCGGUGAACGGUGCUGCGGUCGUGCUCAUCGGGAACAUUCCUGGAACGUUCCUCUGGGACCAAGAAGCUGGCGAAGCUGUGGACGGGGAGGCGUUCUCCGUGUUUCUUGCGGCAGUUGUGCUCUCGAUCCUCGCGUUCCUCGCAGUGCAGGGAUCCAACCCAGGCUACCUUUCCGUGCAAAGAGACUGGGUUGGCGAUAGCGGCACCGAGGCAGAGGAGGAAACAACGUGUUUGACUGCAACACCUGAAGUUCAACACCACAGCCAUCCUCACGACGAAGAAAAAGGAGAACAGUCCGGCGAGGCAAGACUGUUGACUAGUACCAUCACAAGCAGCGACCACGCUCCGAAGAAGCCAGUCGAAGAGGGCCAGCCUACGGAGGGCAACGACAAGAGCAGCAUCAUCAACACCCCAAGCGUUGUCGGCGGUUUCGAAGGCUCGUUGACAAGGCCUGACUUUGUCCGAUGUCGGCGUUGUCAAGACAUGAAGGUGCCCCUGCGGUCCCACCACUGCCGGGAAUGCGGACGGUGCGUGGCGACGUUUGACCACCACUGCAAGAUUAUCGGGACGUGCAUCGGGGAGAGGAACCACUGCCGCUUCUGGUGGGAACAAGAGAGUUCGACCUGCCGUUCAGCGAGGGGCUUCUGGGCAACCUGCGGGGGUUCUGUUGCAGCCGUGAUGACUUUCGUGUACGCGGGGGAUGGUUGCUAAGUACCGGGCGCGCAGCAACAGUUGCAGCCUGGAGGCCAAGGCUCUGGAAGCUCCCCGGCCGCAUCGUUCGCGACUCCGAAGACUGGAGAUCUAACUUGUGGGAGAACAAAUACUGGUCUUGUUGCUAAUAUCUCAUUGGAAGCUUCCCGGCCGCAUCGUGCGCGACUCUGAAGACUGGGGGUCUAUCCUGUGGGAGAACAAAUACUGGUCUUGUUGCUGAAUCCUCAUUGUCCUUAGACCGGAGACCAAUGGUAGUUUUUCGACGGGACGCUUGGUGCCCCCCUUGACGCUACUUGGACCCCUUCAUGCUUGUGAGUGACUCCAGCUUGCCACGUGUGGACCAGAGGACUGCAUCGCUACCAUUGUCCUGGGAUGCCAUCGGCGCAGACGCUUCCCGCCGAGGGGGGGUCCGUACCCGGACAUCAAGCUUUGCAUAAAAGACCCUGAGCCACUCCUGCACUAACUCACUUCUGGUAGGUGCUCCGAACUUCAGUCGUUUUCUCUACCUCUAUGGGCCCAGAGCAUACUGCCCGAAUAGAAUCCAGCGCUUGAGAGUACCUUCGCCGUGAUUGGUGUUGGGGAUCCCGCAAAUG